AUGACGGGCGUCGGCGCCGAAGCUCUGCAGGGGAACAUCUUCAGCCUGCUGGCCUGGGCACAUGGCUUGGCCGCAGAAAAUGGGGCAGGGCUCGGCGCUGAGUCUUGCUUUGCGAGGCAGGAAGAUGCACCAGACCUUUGGUGUCCGCACGACUCGGUGCUGGGAGUCUGCGGACUUCUGUUUGGGUACAUCAUCGGAAUCAAUGGCAACGUGGUCACCGAGGGACAGCUGAUCUGCCCUGCUGACUGGAAUGGCCCUGUGGGUACUUGGACCUCCAGCGGCUAUGGCCAGUGCUACCACCUGAGUGUUUGGGACCAAGGCAUCCUCAGCUCCCUGAACCUCAUUGGGGCGAUGGUGUCCUCGGCCACUUGCUUCCGCUACGCUGACAUCCUCGGCCGUAAGAAGGAAGUGCAGAUUGGUGCCGGCCUCUAUCUCCUGGGCUCUAUCGUGGCAGCACUGUCACCUGUCCUGUGGGGCAUCUAUGCCGGAUUCCUGAUCUAUGGCUUGGGCAUUGGCUUUGCAAUGCAUGCGGCUCCCGUGUACAUCGCGGAGAUCGCUCCUGCCGAGAUCCGUGGCACCCUGGUCUCAGCAAAGGAGAUGGUCAUCGUGGUUGGCAUGUUCAUCGGCUUCGCUAUGGGUGCAGUCUGCGCGGGCAUUCCUCAGGGAGGAUGGCGCAUCAUGGUUGCCCUUGCUGCCAUCUUCGCCUUGAUUGUGGAGGUAGGCAUCACCUUCAUCCCAAACUCACCUCGUUGGCUCGUGCUCCGCAGCUUACAGGACACCUCCCUCCUUCAGGCUGGGCAGUCGCCCAUGGCCGUUGAAGCGCGCCAGGCCUUGGCUUUCUUCCGCGGAGCAUCUGAGGAAGAUGUGGAGCCGGAGUUCAGCACCAUGUUGAAUGACGCCAGGGAGGCUUCCGCUGGUGCUGGGACUUCCGCGAACUGCACGGAUACCCUCAAGUAUCCCCGACCUCUCAUCAUCGGCUGCGGCCUGGUUUUCCUGCAGCAGGUUACCGGACAGCCUUCCGUGCUCUACUUUGCCACAAACAUCUUCAAGUCCGCUGGCUUCGCCGGUGCUGCGGCACUUAGCUCGGUAGGCGUAGGCUUCGUCAAGCUCCUUGCGACGCUCUUCACCGUGUGGCGGGUGGACCUCUAUGGACGACGACAGCUGCUGAUGUGGGGAAUUGCGAUGAUGAUCUUCGCGUUGGCGCUGCUCGGCGUCGCUUUCGCCUUCCGCACCUGUGACGAGAACGUGCCGAUGGCGCAGUGCCCUCAGGAGAAGGUGAACGUGCCACGACCAUGGGCAAUCACCACAGUAGUCGCCUUGAUGAUCUAUGUAAGUGGCUACCAGGUCGGCUUUGGCCCAAUCUCCUGGCUCAUGAUCUCCGAGAUCUUCCCCCUGGGCGUGCGGGGCUCUGCCCUGUCCACAGCCGCCAUGGUGAACUUUGGCUCCAACAUCUUGAUGACUCUGUGCCAGACUGCGUUGAUGAAUGCGCUUACACCUUCCGGGACUUUCUUUGCUUACCUGGCUCUCGCAGUUGCCAGCUUUGCUUUCGUGUCUGGCGUCGUGCCUGAGACGAAGGGCAAGACCUUGGAAGAAAUUGAGGCAGAGAUGACUGGCAAAACUCAGGCCCGCGAGAUCGGGGCAGUGUGA